GUUUUGACAAAGUUGUCGUGAGAUGAAAAUGACGAUCCUUAAUUUUAAUUAAAAUUUAAAUAAAAUUAAGUGCCUUAUAAACAUGACUGUGUGGAAAAACCUUGAAAAUGAGGAAUGCUACGCCGUCGCUGUAUACAACUACACUAGCAGCUCGCCGCAUCACCUGCAGUUGGAGGUGGGCGAGCUGGUGCAUCUGCACCGUGAGACCAGCCACUGGUACUGGGGCACCAGCCUACGCGCGGGUACCAGCGGCGCCUUCCCAAAGACAUACGUCGUCAUACGAGACUGCACCGUCGAUAGAUGUGGAGACGUCGUCGUGGCGUCAGCGGGCGGGCGCGGCGUGGUGCACGAUAUCGCCGUCACGUUACGAGAAUGGCUCAAGGACUGGAAGAAACUCUAUAUUACGAAUAGCGAACACUUCAAGUUUAUGGAAGUGAGUAUGCGGGCGUUGCUGGAGCUUCGGGCGCAGGCCGCCUCCAGCGCGCUGCCGCAGGACCAGCUGCGGAAGGUCGCGCGCACCGCCAUCUUCACCAUCGACAAGGGCAACAGAACUUUAGACAUGGAGCUAGCGGUACGGACCCCCAGCGGCCAGCUGGUGGACCCCCUCACUAUAUCCACGUACAAACUGAACGCGCUGCACGACGAGGCGAACGCAAGACUUGAUAAGAAUAUGGAGAGUGCGCCGGGUGGGGGCGGUGUUGGGGGCGGGCCCAGCAGUACUGGGGGCGGGGCUGCGCGUGCGCACACGCUGGUGGUGCGCGUGCACAACUUCGUGUGCCGCGUGCCGGAGGGCGCGGAGCUGAGACUGGCGCUGCACGACGCGGCCGGACAGAAGCUGACGGAGCAGCUGGUGCUGGCCUGGCCGCCGCACCACCUUGCGCCCGCGCAGCUCAUGUUCACCGACCUGGGCAGUGACAUAAAGAAGGAGAAGGUGUUCCUGGUGUGUCACGUGGUGCGCAUCGGCUCCAUGGAGGCGCAGAACAUCGAUCACAGACGCAGCUCUGUGGCGGCGAGUGUAUGUACAGGACACGCGAUGCGACGUCCCUUCGGUGUAGCUGCGGCUGAUGUCACGAGAUGUCUCGCCACUGACUGCCCUGACAAGGAGAUGCAGGUGCCUUUCUACCCCUGCGAGAAAGAGAACAUGGAUACAUUAUUGAAGAAGGUGAUUGCAAAUCGCGAGUUGAAAGACACUAAGAAUCCAUUAGGUCUGUGGGUGUCGCUGCAGCUCAUUGAAGGAGACUUGAAACAAGUACGAGAAGAAAAUCCCCACCUAGUGGUGGGACACCGUGCCGUGGCAAGAAAGAUGGGUUUCCCCGAGGUGAUCCUGCCGGGAGACGCGCGCAAUGACCUGUAUGUGACGCUGUGCUGCGGCUCGUACUCGCGCGGCGGCGGCAAGUCCAGCGAGCGCAACAUAGAGCUCACAGCAAGAGUUGUAGACAAGCACGGCAGACUCGUCCCGGGCGUGAUAUCGAUAGGUGCAGACCUUCCACUAGUGGAUGAAUAUACGUCUCUAGUCUACUACCAUGAGGAUAGACCACGAUGGCAAGAAGUUUUUAAGGUGUGUCUGAACAUCGAGGACUUCAAGGAGGCACACAUAGUGUUCCUGUGCCGACAUCGCAGCUCCAACGAGGCCAAGGAUCGAGCUGAGCGGUACUUCGCGCUAUCCUACCUGCGUCUGAUGCAGCGCGAGGGUACCACCACGCCUGACAACCAGCACAAUCUCUGUGUCUACAAGAUUGAUAAUAAACGAGCGAGUAGUGACGUGGAAGUGGAGGCGGCGGCCGUGUGCCUCGGUCUGCCGUCCAAGCGAGAUGAGCUGCCCGCCGGUGCGGAGAAGGGCCUCACCAGAGCUCCCCUCUCACUGGUCUACCGAGACUCACUCACUGUUGCCACCAAGUUGUGCUCCACUAAGUUAACACAACGAGAGGAGAUCCUGGGCGUGCUGAAGUGGAGCGCGCACCACGAGGCGGGGUCUCUGCGCGCUGCGCUGGAGCGGCUGCUGCUGGUGCCCAGCGAGGAGCUCGUCAAGUUCCUGCAGGACAUCCUCGAUGCUCUCUUCGCCAUACUCACACAGGUGGAGGAUGGUGAAGGUGAUGUAGCGGAGUACAAGGAGCAGAGUUACGGUGUGCUGGUGCUGGAGUGUCUGCUGCGUGUCAUCUCUCUGGUGGCAGAUCACAAGUACCAGCACUUUCAGCCCGUUCUUCAUGUAUACAUUGAUGAGAGCUUCUGUGACGCGCUCGCUUAUCAGAAGUUGAUAUCAGUGAUGGUGUGGGCGGUGCGCGCGGCGGACUGCGGAGAGGCGGCGCUGAAGCGGCUGCUGCUCUGUAUGAAGUGUCUGGAGAGUCUGAUGAGGCUCAUUGUACGCAGCUGGCAACUGAGAGCCGCGUUAGACACACACCAGCAUCAUGGUGAUCCCGUCUGUUAUCAUCUUGAGGAGUUGCUGGAGGCGCUGGUGUGGCUGAUGCGUUGUGGUGACCAUGCACUCACAUGUCAGGGCUCCGCCCUCAAGUACCUGCCUCACGCUGUGCCUCACGCCAUCAAAAUAUUCCCCGAGGUCGAGCUCAGUGCGUACUGCGUGCGUGCACUGGACGCGCUGCCGCUGGGCCGGCUCAGCAAGCAGCGGCUGCUGGCGCUGCUGGAGCUGACACGUGGAGAGCUGGGCCGGGAGCCAGCUGCCCGCGCACGUCUGCUGCCCCACCUCGCCGCCACGCUGCGCGCCCUGCUGCGCGCCUCCGCAGAGUGCGAGCGCGAGGCGGCGCACAAGUCGCGCUCUGCGGGCAAGGCGGCGCGGCUGCUGGGCGCGGACGCUACCCGUCUGCGCGAGCACACGCACCACGCCCACAUCGUGGAACUGUGUGUGGAGACAAUGGGCGAGGUGGUAUCUCUACUCGCGCGGGAUGAUGUGGGUGCUGUAGAGGCGGACAGGGGAGAGUUCGCGCGGCGCAUGUUGCCCACUGUACUCAAGACAACCGCCACCAUGCUCAGAGAUCGAGCUACUAACAAAGAUGGAUCCGUAGCUGAUGAUCCGUUAGUGCGCCGCAUGGUGUGCGUGUUGCUGGACGUGGUGCGGCAGAUGUCUGAGGAGCAGUACUCGCUGCUGGUGCGCGCGCUGCAGCACGAGGCGGGGGGCUCUGGGGGCGCGGGGGGCGCGGGCAGCUCGCUGGUGGACGACUGUCUGGCGCUCAUGCUGCAGCUGCUGCAGCGACCCGUGUUCCGUCCGCACUGGGCUGACAUGCUGCAUUUGCAGCACUAUGUCAUGCUGCACGCGCUCAGACUACUAUCGAGCACUCUCCGCGAGCGCCUGCACUCUGAGGAGUGCAACACGGAGUCGCUGCAGAGCAGUCUGCGCGAGUGGUUCAUGGUGUGUGCUCAGCUCGCCACCGCGCCUGCGCUGCAGCUGCACGACCUGGGCGCAGCAAGACGUCGCCGCGUCGCCGCGCUAUACGGCGACCUGCGUCGCGACGUCGCCACCGCCAUCGCAGACAUGUGGUAUGCGCUCGGCGAGCACAAGCACUCGUUCAUCCCGUCACUGGUGGGACCUUUCCUGGAGGUGAGCUUCCUGCCUGAUGAUGAGGUGCGCAACACCACCAUCCCGCUCUUCUACGACAUGAUGAUCACUGAGUACUCUCACAGUGUGGCCAGCGGGGAGAACAGUGAUAACCCGCUGCGUGCUCUGGAGAGCGAGCUGAUAGACAAAGUGGACGUGUUGGCGUCACGUGGUCUGGGUGACGGGGCGUGGCGCGCGCGCUUCGUGUCCGCGUGCGGCGCGCGCUGCAGAGAGGGCGGGGCCGGCGGUGCGGGCGCAGCGCUGGUGGCGGCUGCAGCACGGCAACUGGACGCCCUGUUGCAGUACCGCGCCGCAGCUCACCAUCGUAUGCAUCUCACCACUAGAGUGCUGCGCUUCUACGAGCAGAUAGAACGACCACAUAUGUAUAUACGGUACGUGCACAAGCUGGCGCAGAUGCACAGCUCGGCCCAGCAGUGGGCGGAGGCUGGGCUGGCGCUGCGGCUGCAUGCCAAGCUUCUGGAGUGGAGCGAUGCCCCGCUGCCGCCGCGCCUGCGCCAUCCCACACAGGACUGCGCCCACCACGCCACGCACAGGGACCUCAAGGAGGCGCUGUACCUGGAGAUAGCACAGCUCCUGAACCGCGGACGUCAGUGGGAGCUGGCGGUGGAGGUGGUGAAGGAGCUGGUGGGCGUGUACGAGGAGGAGGCGCUGGGCUACGCCCCGCUGGCGGAGCUGCACGCCCAGCUCGCCGCACUGUACGAGGCCAUGCUGCGCACGCCCAGGUCACAUCCGGGGUACUUCCGUGUUAUGUACCACGGCGCUGGAUUCCCUGAACAUCUCAGGGUGCCUCAUGGGUUUGUGUAUCGCGGCAACGAGUACGAGCAGCUGCAGGAGUUCAAGGAGCGGCUGCUGGAUGAGUGGCCUGAUGCAGAAGUACUGCCGCGUCUCGACCCACCUGGUGAAGACAUCACCAAUUCAGAUGGACAGUAUCUCCAAAUCAAUGCAGUAGAGCCGGUGAUGGGGGACAAGUUAAAGCGGUUGUCUGGUCGGCCCGUCGCCGAGCAGAUACUCCAGUACUACAAACAUAAUAAUGUCGACAAGUUUGUCUUCUCCAGACCUUAUCAUAAACCGGAUGAUUCCGUGACAGGAUCGAAUGAGGACGUGUCUAGUCAGAACGAAUUCGCUACAAGAUGGCUGGAGCGAACUGAACUUGAAAUUAGUGAUAAAUUGCCCGGUAUCCUACGUUGGUUCCCCGUGGUGAGUGUACGUACAUACUGGGUGUCUCCGCUAGAGGCCGCUGUGGAGGCGCUGCGGGAGACAAACCGCGCCCUUAAGGCUCUCGUGCUUGAAGCCAGGACCAGCGACGCGCCUUUACACCAGCUCAGCAUGAGACUAAACGGUAUCCUGGACCCGGCAGUGCAGGGCGGCAUCGUCAACUACGAGCGCGCGUUCCUCACACCUGCCUACGAGACGCGUCGUCCUGAACACCUGCCGCUGCUCAACCAGCUGCGAGAUCUCAUCGCAGAUCAGGUGCCGCUGCUCAAGAUGGGUCUGGAGGUGCACAAGGCGCGCAUCUCUCCGGCGCUGCAGGGGCUGCACGAGCACAUGGAGCUCUGCUUCCAGCGCGUGCAGACCCACGUGCACCAGCGGUAUGGACGUAAGAACUGCGAGCUGGAGACCGAGCUGGUGGAGAGACGACGUGCACUACGCGACAGCAUACAGACGGAGCCCGGCAUCAUCAACAACAGGAUAUCUGACAUCUCUACUGGAAACGAUACUGCAAAGUCAAAGUUCUUCAGUGCUAUUAAUCCUUUGACAAGGAACAGUAGCGGAGGUGUCGUGAGUUAUUUCGGUACAUUGCAGAACUCACCCAGGAGACGAGAUAAAAGGCGAGCGAAAAAGGAGGCGUCAUCGGAGACGCCGGAACGCGGCGGUAGCCAAUGGUAUGCGCCGAGUGCAGCGCUCAAUGGCAACGCCAGCCCGCAGGCCACGCCCCUCGCACCUCAAGCCACACCCACCACACCCAGUCUUGACUCCACCUCCUCUCCAUUACGCGAACUGAGACAAGAGCUGGUGACAGAACGUCCACUGCGUGCGGAGGCGGAGCGCGAGAGACGUCUGUCACAGCGCGCCAGUCUGCUCGCCUCAUCAUCAUCAGCACCACAUUCCAACAGGGAUUCACUCGGUACGACAGAUUCGAACCAGGAAGAGGAGGAACCACCACCAUUACCACAAAAGCAGUCACAAUCACAACGUCAUUCAGAGAUCGACAGCGAUCAGAAUAACAAUCCAGAAGUAUUACCAAGGAAUAAUUAUGACACAGUUUGGACACCUCGUGGUUCAUUUUUAUAUAACUCUAUAGCUGCAAGAAGAAAUGAUCGUCCUCCAACACCACCACCUAAGAAGAAGAACGCACAAAACAAUGCCUGAUCAUACGAAGAGUUGAAAGUUAGAUUAAAGGACUAAUUUUAAUCCUAUUUCCCAUGCUUUUCUUAUUAGGA